CAAACUCAUUGCUCCUCAACUCCAAUCUUCUUUCUCUAUAUUUAUGUUCAUUUCUGCUCUCACUCUUCUCAAAGCAAUUUUCAUUCAAAAACCUAAAGAUGGGGGUUUUCAUUGUUUUUGCAAUGUUGUUCAUGCAAAUCUACACUAUCCGGGCCACGGUCCCGGCAGUGAUAGUGUUCGGUGACUCCUCUGUGGAUGCCGGGAACAACAACCAAAUCCAAACGGUUUUGAAGAGCAAUUUUCGGCCCUACGGUCGUGAUUUUUUCGGCGGAAAGCCCACCGGACGAUUCUCAAACGGACGUGUCCCGCCUGAUUUUAUAUCGGAGUCGUUUGGUCUGAGACCGUACGUGCCAGCUUACUUGGACCCAGCGUACAACAUUUCAGAUUUUGCUACCGGCGUUUGCUUUGCCUCUGCCGGUACUGGUUACGAUAAUACUACUUCUGAUGUGCUUUCAGUGAUACCUCUAUGGAAGGAAGUGGAGUACUAUAAGGAAUACCAGAAGAAACUAAGAGACUAUUUGGGUGACCAAAAAGCCAACACCAUUAUAUCAGAAGCAGUCUACCUUACAAGCAUGGGCACCAAUGACUUCCUUGAGAACUAUUAUACACUUCCCAACAGGAGAUCUCAAUACAACAUCAACCAAUAUCAAGAUUAUCUAGUCACCAUUGCCGAGUCGUUUAUCAAGGAGCUCUACGGUGUUGGUGCAAGAAAAGUUUCACUCGGUGGUCUUCCUCCAAUGGGUUGUUUGCCAUUGGAGAGAACCACGAGUUUUAUGAAUGGAAAUGGAGGUACGUGCAACACUAACUAUAACAAGGUGGCCAUGGCGUUUAACGGGAAGUUGAGUGGUUUAGUCGAACGAUUGAAUAGCGAGCUUCCGGGGAGCAAAAUCGUCUUUUCUAACCCGUAUCCUAUUUUCGAACAAAUUGUCCAAAAACCUUCCUCUUUUGGGUUUGCCUCAGCGUCAGUGGCAUGUUGCGCAACAGGACUAUUCGAGAUGGGAUAUAUGUGCGACCAAUACAAUCCGUUCACCUGCUCGAAUGCCAACACAUAUGUUUUCUGGGAUUCUUUCCACCCUACUGAAAAAACCAACCGUAUAAUCUCCGACCAUUUGUUCAAAACCGUCCUAUCUACACUACUGUAGUAGCUUUGGAUUAUAUAAAUAGAAGAAAGUAAGAUAAAUAUGAAUACUAUGGGUCAUGUGCUAUAUUAUUACGAAGGGUUUUGUUAUGUUUAUGGUGUUAUUAUGUAUGAUGUACAAAGAGAAUCUAUCUUGUUAAUUUAGAAUUCUAAGUGAAAUGUUUCCUUUCAGUUUUGUUUAUGUGUCGGUAAUAUUAAUAAUAAAAAGAAUAUGUUUUUAUUUAGAAA